UCUCCGCCCCCUUCGACGGGGUGAGAGGUCAGGGGAGCGUCGGUCGGCUGGGUAGACGAUGGCGGCCGUCUGGGUGGGCGCAGCGGCGCUCGUCGCGGCCGGAUGGCGUGGGCGUCGGUCGCCUCACCGGCUGAUGCGGGGCGCGGCGCUGUGGACCCUGAAGGAUGUUCCACACUAUUCAAGACAGUGCUUAAUGGUGUCCCGUAGUCUCUGUUCAGCAAGAUGUGAUUCUAACGAAAAAAAUCUGGAGACUUGGAGAAAGAAAGAGUCUGCAGCCGAGCGGUCCAAUAGAAACAAUGUGAGACACAACUGCAGGGUACAUACUUUUGAUAAAAUUCUUAUUGCUAAUAGAGGAGAAAUUGCAUGUAGGGUAAUUAAAACUUGCAAGAAGAUGGGCAUUAAGACGGUUGCCAUCCACAGUGAUGUUGAUGCUAGUUCUGUUCAUGUGAAAAUGGCGGAUGAGGCUGUCUGUGUUGGCCCAGCUCCCACCAGUAAAAGCUACCUCAACAUGGAUGCCAUCAUGGAAGCCAUUAAGAAAACCGGGGCCCAAGCUGUACAUCCAGGUUAUGGAUUCCUUUCAGAAAACAGAGAAUUUGCCAAAUGUUUGGCAGAGGAAGAUGUCAUUUUCAUUGGACCUGACACACAUGCUAUUCAAGCCAUGGGUGACAAGAUUGAAAGCAAAUUAUUAGCUAAGAAAGCAAAAGUUAACACAAUCCCUGGCUUUGAUGGAGUAGUCAAGGAUGCAGAUGAAGCUGUCAGAAUUGCAAGGGAAAUUGGCUACCCUGUCAUGAUCAAGGCCUCAGCAGGUGGUGGUGGGAAAGGCAUGCGAAUCGCUUGGGAUGACGAAGAGACCAGGGAUGGUUUUAGAUUUUCAUCUCAAGAAGCCGCUUCAAGUUUUGGCGAUGAUAGACUACUAAUAGAAAAGUUUAUUGAUAACCCUCGUCAUAUAGAAAUCCAGGUUUUAGGUGAUAAACAUGGGAAUGCUUUGUGGCUCAAUGAAAGAGAGUGCUCAAUUCAGCGAAGAAAUCAGAAAGUGGUGGAGGAAGCACCAAGCAUUUUUCUGGAUUCUGAGACUCGAAGAGCGAUGGGAGAACAAGCUGUAGCCCUUGCCAAGGCAGUGAAGUAUUCUUCUGCUGGAACUGUAGAAUUCCUUGUGGACUCAAAGAAGAAUUUUUAUUUCUUAGAAAUGAAUACGAGACUUCAGGUUGAGCAUCCUGUCACAGAAUGCAUUACUGGCCUGGACCUAGUCCAAGAAAUGAUCCGUGUUGCCAAGGGUUACCCUCUCAGGCACAAACAAGCUGAUAUUCCCAUCAACGGCUGGGCAGUUGAAUGUCGGGUUUAUGCUGAGGACCCCUACAAGUCUUUUGGUUUACCGUCUAUUGGGAGAUUGUCUCAGUACCAAGAACCAAUACAUCUACCUGGUGUCCGGGUUGACAGUGGCAUCCAACCAGGAAGUGAUAUUAGCAUUUAUUAUGAUCCAAUGAUUUCAAAACUAAUCACAUAUGGUUCUGAUAGAACUGAAGCACUGAAGAGAAUGGAAGAUGCACUGGAUAAUUAUGUUAUUCGAGGUGUUACACAUAAUAUUGCAUUACUUCGAGAGGUGAUAAUCAACUCACGCUUUAUAAAAGGAGACAUCAACACUAAAUUUCUUUCUGAUGUAUAUCCUGAUGGCUUUAAAGGACACAAGUUAACAGAGAAUGAGAGAAACCAGUUAUUGGCAAUAGCAUCAUCAUUGUUUGUGGCAUCCCAAUUAAGAGCACAACGUUUUCUGGAACAUGAAAAUUCAAGAGUACCUAUUAUUAAACCGCAAGUGGCCACCUGGGAGCUCUCAAUAAAAUUGCACGAUGAAGUUCAUGCUGUUGUAGCAUCAAACAGCGGGCCCACCUUCUCUGUGGAAGUUGAUGGGUCGAAACUAAAUGUGACCAGCACGUGGAACCUGGCUUCACCCUUAUUGUCUGUCAACAUUGAUGGCACUGAGAGGACGAUACAGUGUCUUUCUCGAGAAGCAGGUGGAACCAUGAGCAUUCAGUUUCUUGGUACGGUGAAGAGUGAUGCAGAAAUGGGAACCAGAGCUGAGCCUGCUGCAAGAGGAACAAUGCUAGAGGCUGUGAAAUCACAACUGAAAAUGUAUGUAAAGCAGACUGGAAGUGCUCAUCUUGCAAGAAGCCCACAGACCUCUAAGUCAUACAGACAUUACAAGGUGCAUAUCUUAACCAAACUCGCCGCAGAAUUGAACAAAUUUAUGCUGGAAAAAGUGGCUGAGGACACAAGCAGUACUCUGCGUUCCCCGAUGCCUGGCGUGGUGGUGGCCGUCUCUGUCAAGCCCGGGGACAUGGUAGCAGAAGGUCAGGAAAUUUGUGUGAUUGAAGCCAUGAAGAUGCAGAACAGCAUGACAGCUGGGAAAACUGGCAAGGUGAAAUUGGUGCAUUGUAAAGCUGGAGACACAGUUGGGGAAGGAGAUCUGCUCGUGGAACUGGAAUGAAGUAUUUAUAGCCUUUCAGUCAUCACCCAAUUUAAUUAGCCAUUUGUAUUAUGAUUCUCUCACACGCAAUUUACUCAAGCCUUUUGCAGGAACACCCCUGUGCGGCAGAUUUUACAUGGUCAUAUUUAUUCCACAUAUAGUCAGAAACCAACGUUCUGCCAAAAAAUCACCAAUGGAAAUUUUUAUUGAUAUAAAUACUUGUACAUAUGAUUUGUACUUCUGCUGUGAGAUUUCCUAAUGUCAAAAUUAAAUCAAUAAAACUGAGCAUUUGUCUAAA